AUGGAUGUAAGCACAUACACUGAAGAAUUCUUGAAAUUGUGCAUAAAGGCCAAGACCAUAGAGACAGAGGAAGAGAAUUUGGCGAGAUGCAUCAAUGGUCUGAAAUUUUCUAUACAAGAUGAGUUAAAUCUACACACCCUGGGUAAUGUACACAAAUGCUACCAAAUGGCAUUGAAGGUAGAAGAGAAAUUCAAAAAGAAACAAGAUCGAAACAAUAGGGGUAGAGGUAGAUUUCAAAAAGGAAGAGGUCCCUUUAGAGGAAGGGGAAACAGUGGCGGUUCCCAAGGAGACACCAACCAAGAGGACAACAAGGGUGAAGGCAACAACAGAGGAAGCUUCAGAGGUAGAAGACCAAACUAUAGAAGUAUAUCACAAGGGAGAGGCCCCAUAAGGUGUUACAAUUGCAACCAAGAAGGUCACAUUGCUAAUAGGUGUCCAGAGAAGGCAAAUAACAACACUAUGGGAGAAAGAAGGAGCAAUCUGAUCCAAGAAUCUGAUUGUCAAAGUGUGAACAACAGCAACACUUUUCAAAGUGUAAAUGCACCUGAUUCUUAUGGGUAUCCGGAAAGAGGUGAAGCUUUGAUGAUGAGGAGAGCAAUCCUAAAGGUUCCUAUCACAAAAGAACCCCCACAAAGGAAGGCAAUCUUCAGAACAACUUGCAAAUCGGGGGGUAAAGUCUGCAAAGUUCUAAUAGAUUCCGGUUCAACUGAAAAUUUUGUGUCCAUGGAGAUGGUGGAGAAGCUUAAGCUUAAGAGGAUACCACAUCUUUAUCCAUAUAAGGUGUCAUGGCUCACCCAAGGGCAGCAAGCUCUUGUGGAAGAACAAGCAUGGGUUGAAUUUCAGAUUGGCACCUACAAGGACAAACUCCUAUUUGACAUAGCUAAGAUGGAUGUUUGUCAUCUAUUGUUUGGUAGGCCUUGGCAAUAUGACUUGAAGGCACAUCAUGAUAGCUUUAGAAACACCUAUUCUAUCACCAAGGAUGGGAAGAUCAUAGAGUUGCUACCUUUGAUGGAGGAUGAAGAAGAGCCUAAGGGGAAAGAGGCUAAGGUGAUGCUGAUGGAGAGAAAGGAGUUCAUGAAGGAGGUGAGAGAGGAAGGAGGAUUAUGUUUUGCAUUGAUACCUAUUCCUAAGAAGGAGGUUGCAGAUGCAGGAGCAGCAGAUCAACAAGGGAGACCUAGGAUGGUUCCUUAUGAAGUGCAUGAGCUUCUUGACAAGUAUAAGGGUGUGAUUUUAGAGGGUAUGCCUAAGACCCUCCCUCCUAUUAGAGAAAUCAGUCAUUGUAUUGACUUUAUACUAGGAGCAACAUUUCCCAACAAGGCUGCAUACAAACUGACCCCACAACAAAAUGAAGAGGUGGCCAGGUAG